UGGACCGAAAAAUUACUGAUUUGGAAAGCGGGCAAGAAAACCCUCUAACAAAGAAAAGAGAUGAGUUGCUGGCUAAAUAUAACAAUAGCACAGAAGCCCAGGCUAUUUUCGGACAUAGUGUUUUGGAUUCGGAGGCUCGAGAUAAAAAUGAUACAGAUGCUUCCUUUCAUAAUAAACAAGCCGAAGAGGCUAUCAAGCAUUUACAAAAAGCCGAUCAAAGCCGAGAGGAAGUGGUGAAGGGUUUCCAAGACGCCAAAGACGAAAAUGAAUUAACAACGGCUUAUAACCAAGCCAAAAAUAGCAAAUUAUAUCAACAGGGUGGCAAAAGCAAAGCCAUUAUUGAUAAUCUGAACCAGAGAAAACUAGUCUGUUUCCAAAUUGCCAAGGACACCAGCAUUUCCAAUGAAAACAAAAUAUUUCUCCAAGCAGCACUUAUCAAACUAAUUCCGGAAACGAUUAAAAAUGAUACUGACGAAACCAAAUUGACUGAAUUAGAAACUAAAUUACAAGCCUUCCAAACCGCACGAGAGAAUGAAGAAAAAGGCAAAGCCUAUCAGAAGUAUAAAAGCACGAUUGACGCA